CUCAUGGCUGCCGUGCACGCCGGUCAAACCGCCGAGGCGCUGGCGCUGAUGGAGGCGGGCGCUCCGUGGGACGCCAUCGACUCGUUCGGCCACUCCGCGGGAGCGAUUGCCCUGAGGGACGGGAACACAGCGCUGCUCGACGCGCUCCUCGAGGCGGGCAGCAGCAGCGUCCUCUGGGAGGCUGCUCACGAGGCGUGCUUCGGCCACUCGCUCCACUCGGACUUCCUCCAGCAGCGCCUCCGCUUCGAGGAGGGCCGGCUGAUGGACGAGCUCGACAGACCGGUGAUGAUGGCGUGGGAGGCGCCGCUCAUGGAGGCGCACGCGGCCGCCCUCUGCCCGGAGGAGGGCGGGGCGCGCGUGCUCAACCUCGGGUUCGGGCUCGGGCUCGUGGACACGGCGCUGCAGCGGCGCCGCCCCGCCUCGCACACCAUCGUCGAGCCGCACGCCGACGUGCUGCUCGCGAUGCGGCGAGGCGGCUGGCUCGAGCGGGCGGGCGUCACUGUCCUGCAGGGCACGUGGCAGGGCGUGCUGCCGCCGCUCGGCGUGCGGUGUGAGCAGGCGGACCCGCCCUUCGACGCGAUCUUCUUUGACACCUUCGCCGAGGGCGGCGCAUCCGACGAGCUCUUCCGCUUCCACGAGCUGCUGCCCGGCCUGCUCCGGCCCGGAGGAGUCUACUCGUACUUCAACGGC